AGGUGUACUUCAUAAAGUGACCAAUGAGUGUUUAUGAACUUUGCCUCUGAAGUCGAAGAGCCUCAAUGGAGCAACAAAAGAGUCACUUGUGGUCCUGGAGCCUCAGGUUGGAGCUCCAGUUAAAAACUUUUCAGUUUGUUGUUGAACAUUUGUGUCUCUAAUGACACAUUUGACAUUCUGACACAACAUCUAAGGGAAGUCUGGGUUCAUCUUAUCAAAACUUCCCUCUUCUCCUCACUCUGGACCAACUUUUGCCUUUAGAAAUGGAUCCGCAGGAAAACCUGAGACCGGAACGCGGUGAUGAAUGGAGUGAACCGGGCUGGAUUUCUUUAGAAGAGUGUGAGUCUGAGAGGAAGCAGAGGAGGAGGAGAGGGCUUGGUCUGUGGUGUGGCUCCCUCCUCACAGGGAGGAGAGGAGGAGGCAUCAGGGGAGGGAGCAGAAGGAUGGACGGAUGGACAAAAGAGAGCGUCUGCAGAGAGGCAGCUGAGGAGACGGAGGACCAGAGCCACACACCAGGACGAGAAAUGGCAAAUUUUUCGGGAACGUGGAAAAUGAGGAGCAGCGAGAACUUUGAUGAGUUGCUGAAAGCUCUGGGGGUCAACGCCAUGCUGAGGAAGGUCGCAGUGGCCGCUGCCUCCAAGCCCCACGUGGAGAUAAAGCAGGACGGCGAGCAUUUCUACAUCAAGACUUCCACCACGGUUCGCACCACAGAAAUCAGCUUUCAGAUCGGAGAGGAGUUCAACGAGGAGACGGUGGACGGCAGGAAGUGUAAGAGUUUGGCGACAUGGGAGACAGAAAAUAAAAUUUACUGCAAGCAGACUCUGGUGAGCGGGAACGGCCCGAAGACCUUCUGGAGCCGGGAACUCAAGGGGGACGAGCUGAUCCUGAUCUUUGGAGCGGACGACGUGAUCUGCACACGGAUCUACACACGAGCAUAACUGAUCAUCUUCCAAGUUUUCGAGUCUUCACCUCCAGUCCUUUAAUCCCCAACUCACAUUUUAAUGUAGAGAUAAUCCAGUUUACCGUAAAUACCUGCUAAAGCACUAACAUGUGAAUAAACACGAGCCGCUGAGGUUCUGUCUACUCAAAGGAUAGUUUAAUGCCAAACACCAUAACACUCAUAUACAACGAUGUAAAAGUCCGGAAGUGACACAAUAAACAAGGUACAAACAGUAUCUGUAUGUACAUCA